CUCGAGAAUCUACUUCUCUCUCCCCUCCCCUCGAUAGGAAAAGAAGAAGGACGCAAUACUCUUGCUCCAGGGACUGCGCAUACUCAAUUGUCUCGGGAUCAGUCAUGUCGGACUUCUCAUUGCUCUCCCAGGAGCGUGCUCCUAUUAUUCGGAUUCCUGAACCCCAGAAUGCUACUUAUGAAAUUGCUGAGUCGACUGCUGGCAGCAAGCCAAAGUCCCUCAGGGUUCAGCUGUGUGGCGGGACGGGCACAGAGUCGACGCCUCAGAAAGUAACACUCCACCAUUCCUGCCUCACGUUCACAGAUCUGUCAUUGGAAGACGCCUCGAGGGUUCCUCCAGACAAUAACAAUUCAGCCUGGGCUCGGGCGAAAAGGAGUCCGUGGUCUAACAUGUCGUGGGAAGGAAAUGAUACUCCCACAGUCGGACAGAUAUGGAUUGUCGUCUAUGCCAUUCUCACGGUCCAUCCUGAACUUGAGGUGUUUAGAAUCACAUUAAAUGGGACCGGAAGUGAUAUUCUAGCUCGUCAGCUUGAGGCUGUUGGGCUUGUCGUUGUUCACCCUGGGCCCAGCGCACCGCCAGGCCAGCCUGUCCCAGCGUCAGACGAUCAUAUUGGCCAACUAGUUGUCCUUCGCCGGUCUUUCUGGCAAGGCGCUGGCUCCCCCUUUGGGCCCAGGCCGAUCUGGGUUGCUGGAACGGAUAGUCGAGAUAUCUCCCCAUCGUUUGAGUCUGCUUUCCCUCCAAGAGCAUUGGACUACUCUUUAACCACCAAAUUCCCCGCGUCACGCAUUCAUACUACCCACCCAAUCCGACCUGCUAAACCAACUCCAGGCUCGACUAUUUACAGCCGUUAUAUACCACAUUUAAAAGAGACAUUUUCCAUGGUUGCUCUUGACUGGACCAAUGAGGAACAUGUCAACCUUUUCCACGUAUGGCAGAACGACCCCAGAGUUGCUGCGGGCUGGAACGAAACCGGAACGCUGGAGCAGCACCGUGCCUAUCUACGAAAUAUGCAUGAAGAAUCUCAUCAAUUCCCUGUGCUGGGUAAGUUCGACGAUGCAUUCUUCGCCUAUUACGAAAUAUACUGGGCCAAGGAGGAUGCCAUUGGACCGUACUACGGAGCCGGUGACUUUGAUCGUGGCAGACAUUUUCUUGUAGGAGAUGCUCGUUUCCGUGGUCCUCACCGUGUUAAGGCCUGGCACACCUGUCUUACGCACUACAUGUUCCUCGAUGACCCUCGCACCAACUUGGUCGUUGGAGAGCCAAGAGCCACCGGCGCCAAGGUCCUUGCAUACGACCAAGCGAAUGGAUUCCACAUUAAUAAGCUUAUUGACCUGCCUCACAAGCGUGCUGCGUUAAUCAUGUGUCCAAGGGAGAAGUUCUUCCAAGAUCCUCCUUUCGAGUACAAGCAAAGAUGAAAGUCGGUGGCACAGGCAUAUGAUUAACAAGUUUAUUGACUUGUGAUAAGAAGAAAAGAGCACCUUUCGGUGGAGGUGUAUGCCUCUCCUCUACAAACAGCCGCUAUAGACGCUUAAGCUACGGAGUACUCCGUAUAGCAUCUCUGUUGCAUAGAAUGAUAAUAUACUAGAAGUUCGUUACACCAGGUCAUAUAGGUACACAUCAAAGCCACACCCAAGUAAACUAUCCAUUAAAGUUCUCGAAAUAUUUAGCACGAAAGUUUACUCCUGCUGCAUACAUAAUAGGGGUGUCAUCAGGGGAUCCCAGGGGCCGAAGGAUUAUCUCGUUAGUGUUUAGACUAAAGCAUAAUAAGGCUGCUCCUUUAGUUCAUAUAGACUAACGAAAGGGGGAAACGACGUUCUCAAGCGACACAACAGCCCUUGAACAUCGGCACUUGGGUGGCCAGAUCGGGAUCGACAACGUUGAUCUCAAUUCCGCAUACGGAGUAAUUCACUCGAUGUAGCAACCAUGCUUGAGAUGGAAAAUGCCCUUGAUAUCUGCAGCCACCUGCAUCACCCGGCCAAGCCGCACGUAAGCACAAGUUAAAUAUUUUAAGAAGUGUGGAAUUCCCGAAGCUUACUAUAGUAGUAUCGUAUAUGCAUCCUGCAUGUAUGGAAGCCCACCCAAAGAAAAGUCACAAAACAAGCAGCACUCCAGCCCUGCCUUGUCGCGCUGAGGCCAGAAUUCCAAACCUGGCCAAACUCCUCGGUCCCAACUCACAUCACUGCUGUUUUCUAGCGUCCCAUGCAUGAAGCGCAGGAGUCACGGCAAG